AUGACAGCUCCGACCACCCCGCCUCCGGGCUCCGCCUCCGGGCCGGGGCUAUCCGCAACGUUCUCAACUCCGGGUCUGCCACCGGAUUAUCGAGAUGCGCUUGGGCUUGAUAUGCAUGGAUAUGUGGCACCCAGUAUCGAAGAGGCUUACCAUAUCCAUGCCAUGCACACUGGUGCUGCUAUCCCGACACCAGCAACCCCUGGUCAAUUUGGCAUACUUGCGCCGAUAGCAGUAUCGGUACCUGUUAUGGAAACACCAGUCGUAGGAAUGUUCAGUGUACAAAAUAAUGCUCACCCACAGGAGGUUGGAAGAUCGAAUGGCCACUUGAGCAGUAAGAUUAUUGUUGACCCCCCAGAUCUGGAGAUGUGGCGGAAUAAGCUGUUCAACGUGGACGAGACGAUUGUUCUUACACAUGAAGAGUUCGAGACAUAUUUUCCUCAUAUAGACAACGUCUACUCCCAUCGCUCGACACAGCGUUAUAAGCGCAAACCUUUCAUCUCACACUACUGGGACUGUCGUAUGAAAGGCCGUCCUCCAGGAACACCCAAAUCCGAUGACCCCAAUAAGAAGAAACGAAAGAGAAAUGCACGCCAGCGCGAUUUAUGUGAUGUCAAGAUAAAAAUUAUAGAGUAUUUCCCGGGGGCUCGACUGGACCUUGAUAACGCCAGUGGUCUUGACGCAGGUCUGGCAGGCCAGCGAUUGUGGACAAUACAGAGAGUCAAUGGCAAUGGAGGUAAUGGAAAGGGAGACGGCGUUGCUGGGCCACAUAAGCAUACGCUUGAAAGGAGUGACGAGAUAAAGAAGAAUAGUGUGCAGAGGUAUUUGGCAAACCAAGCUGAUCUGAAAAAGGAUAAGGAGAAAGUCCAGCCUCCCCCGAAAGCCACAGGAGCUGCACUACUCACAGCUAGAAAACACGCAAAGGAGAGCGAAUUCAAGUUAUACGCGGCAUGCUUCUGUCCAUUCUCUCAACGUGUCUGGAUCGCUCUGGAGGCAAAAGGCAUGCACUACCAGUACUGCGAAACAGAUGCCUUCCGUCACCCAACCCAGCCCCUCCCAGCUAAACCUCAUGGCUAUGUGCCCACCAUAGCACAUAACGACUGGUCAUGUUCGAAUAGUGCUGUCAUAUUAGAAUAUCUCGAAGAUCUCGGUCAAGGAACACCGAUGCUUCCGGUAGAUUCAAGAUUGAAAGCCCAUUGUCGUUUCUGGAUUGAUCAUAUCAACCGUCAUAUCGUCCCGAACUUCUUCAAAGUCCUCCAACAUCAAGACCCGGCCUUUGGGGAUGAAGCAGGAGUUAGCUUACAGGGCAGUAUAGAUGCUCUGGUCGAAGCUGCAGACAAACAGGGUCCGUAUUUUCUCGGGCGAAGCAUGUCUCUGGUCGAUAUACAUCUAGCACCAUUUGCUCUUCGAUUCUCCAGAGCCCUGACCCCGGCGAAUAUACCGUCUUCCCCACCUGGAUCACGCUGGGCGCGAUGGCUGGAUGCUAUCGAGGGAGAUAGAAGCGUGCGAGCCACAACUAGCAACCAGGUGCUAUACAGUGAGACACUAGAUGCCUUGAUGAAGCAACAUGGGCGCCAUCAAGUUCAACAAGUUAAGCAUCGAUAG